UCAUUUGAUGCCGGAUUCUACCAACAUUAGUACCUCGUUCGGAUAAAUGUCCAAAAGGAUAAUAUUUGUUUGUUUUCUGUUGCAAUUCCUUCCCAAUGCCUAAUGUUGGGAAUUCUUUUUACUUUCAGUUAGAUUAGAUUUUUUUUUCAAAAUUCUAGAUAGACUUUCUACAGUACAAAAAAUCUAAAUUAUUGUGCUAGGUAUAUAAAUAUUUGUCGUUAGUAGUUUAGAUAAUUUUUUUAGGAAUUUUUUAUUGCUUGAAAAAGAAUCAAAAUGGCACAAGUUGUCAAUGCUUUAACACAGUGGUACAACACAAUAAUGGCUAAUGCAGAUCCCCGUGCAAAGGACUGGCCACUUACCGGAAGCCCUUUUCCAAUGUUAACUAUCAUAGCUUCUUAUUUAUACUUUGUGAAAGUAUUUGGUCCGGCAUACAUGAAAGACAGAAAACCUUUCCAGAUUAACGGAAUCAUCGUAGCCUAUAAUCUUCUUAUGGUUAUACUAAGUGCCUUUUUCUUUUUCUAUGGUGGUAGUAAGACUUAUUUAUCAGGGAAAUACAAUUGGAUGUGUGAACCAGUUAAUUAUUCUACUGACGAAGAAAGUUUACUAUUAGUGAACAUAGGCUGGUGGUAUUUAAUGCUGAAAAUUGCUGAAUUUGCUGACACGAUAUUUUUUGUAUUAAGGAAAAAGUUUAAUCACAUUAGCACACUUCACGUUGUUCAUCACACAUCUGUUGCUUGGGGAGUUUGGAUUGGACUCAAAUUUGGACCAGGAGGACACAAUGCUUUCUUCCCCUUCAUCAACUGCUUUAUUCACAUGAUCAUGUACAGUUACUACUGCCUGGCAGCUCUUGGACCUCACAUGCAGAAAUAUCUCUGGUGGAAAAAAUACUUGACACAAAUGCAAAUGAUCCAGUUCAUCAUUGCUACAAUUCACGCUGCCAUACCUAUAUUUUAUGACUGCGGUUUCCAACCUGUAUUCGCUUACAUCAUCAUUUUCCACGCCAUUUUGUUCUUCGUCAUGUUCUACAACUUCUACAGGAAAACAUAUAACGAAGAACUCCGAAUGAAAAACCAGAGUAAAAAGUUCUUAGAAGAGAUGAAAAAAGCCGAAGAAUUGAAGAAAAAUCAGUCAGCAAAGGAGCUUAAAAAUGAACAGAAGAAAGUUAAAUAAACAACAUUUUUUAUGUUAAAAAAAGAGGUUUUUAAAGCACCGGACUAAGGCAUAUUCAAGGUCUAGUACCGGUAGAAAACGUAUUCAGGGUUUAUUUUAUUUCUUUUGCUAGGAAUAAUAAAAUUUUAUGUGUUUGUGGAAAAAUGAAUGAAAUCAAACUAAAAGAAUAAUGCUGCAAACGUAUUUAAUACAAAAUUACCAAAAGUUUAAUCAAUAUAUAUGUAUAUAUGUGUGUGUAGAGUUAUCGUGAAGCAAUAGUUAUAAAAAUCAAGUAAUAUUUAUUGCGGUGGAAGUAAAGGGAGGUGGGAGGAUUCGAGAAUUUAAAAGGAGCAUUUACAAAUAUUUUUAUAGUGCUGCCACCUAGUGUAAGACAUAUCAGUCAAAAGCAUAAAUAUGUAUAAAAAUUCUCCACUAAAAUAAAUAUAACUUGCUUUUUCCUACACCUGAACAAAAUAAAAGUAUAGUGUAGUACUAUUAUGUUUUCUCAUAACUUUGCAUGUAUAUUUGCCACCCAAAUUUCUAAAUUUUAAUCCAUUGCAAAACUUUUCUCAUUUUUAAAAUAUCGAAUGUUGUUUUGCUUAUUUCCUAAUUGAAUAUUUCUUUAAAUUAAAAUUUUCCCAAGUGGUAAAUUUUUCAUUCUAUCAAAUAUUUUAUGUACUUAAUUGCCUGCUAUAUUGUUACUUUGUUAUGAUGUAUAUAAUAUCUUCCAUGUUAUUUCAAAUGUGUUAAUAAUGUUUAAUGUAUGUUAUUGUGUUGCUUGUGAAAUUAAAAUGCAGAGCAUCAUUAUUAAGUUAAAUUAUUAUUAAAGUUAUCAUUAUUAAAGUUGUUUUUAUAUUACCAUAAUUCUCCUCUGAGAAUGAUAAUGAUAUCAAAUAAAAACAUUGACAUAUGUGAUAAAAACGGAAAUAUUAAGCAUCUGAAAUUUUAUUUAAUAACUGUUCAUUUUUUAAUAAUUUUUUCAACUAAACAUAUAGUUUCAAAUAAUUUCUGAGCAAUAAUCAGUAUUUCAGAAAAAGAAAGAAAACUGCCCUUUGAUAUUGAAAAACGUGUCUCUUGUAAGGAAUACAUGUAUUUAACCUUUCAGUGGGUGCGGUGUAUCUGAAGCUACGUUCUACACUGAAAUGAAUGGGAGAGGAGCGGAGAGUUGUAGCACAAACUGAAGGGUUAAAUACCAAAUAAUUCUGAAAAUUGACAGCAAAAAACGCUGUCCUUGUUUUGAUUUCAUUUUGUCGUCUUUUUUGUGUUUGAAUUUGAACUUGUCAUUAUGUAUCAAUUUAAACGGUGUUAUGUCUUGUAAUAUAAUGUUUGGAAUGGCUCAUUAGUUCAUACUGUAAAUAUGUUCAUUUAUUAAAAAUAAAAUCAUACCGUUCAUUCA